AUGGCGCUCCGCAGGCAGCGGACGUUGAGGUUUGAUGAGGAGAUGGGGAUGCCGCCGCCACCAAUUCAACAGGAACAGGCAGCAUUACCUGCUAGUAUUGCUGUCGCGAGCUCAGGGGACAUACCAAUUCAACAGAAACAGGCAGCAUUCCCUGCUAUUAAACUUGGUGUCGCGAGCUCAGGGAACAACAAGAUUUUUGAUCCAUCAAGUGGCUUCAUCUUGACAUGGAACUGCAUUUUCCUUUUUUCAUGCUUGCUUGCUCUAUUCGUAGACCCCCUGUACUUCUACGUGCCAAAAAUCGUCUACGGCACCCCCUAUUCAUGUGUCGGGACAGACAGGCAUUUAACCAUCAUCGUUACAUUAUUACGAUCAAUUACCGAUCUUUUAUAUGCGAGUCACAUCAUACUAAAGUUCAGAACUGCAAUUUUUAAGAAGAGCUCAACCUUGGGGAUUUCUAAAGGAGGAUAUUUCGUCAGAGACCCUAGAGAGAUUGCAUGGAAAUAUUUGAGAUCUGACUUUGCAAUUGAUGUGGUGGCUGCACUGCCUUUGCCACAGAUCAUAGUCUGGUAUUUGAUACCAGCUAUCAAAUAUUCCAACGCUGAGCCCAGCGAUAACAUUCUGGUGCUUAUAGUUCUUGCUCAGUAUCUUCCAAGACUAUAUCUCAUAUUCCCUUUAACUUAUGAAAUUAUCAAAGCUACUGAAGUUGUUGCAAAGACUGCCUGGCAAGGGGCUGUAUACAGCCUGUUGCUUUACAUGAUAACUAGUCAUGUACUAGGUGCAGUAUGGUACUUGCUAUCCGUUGAUCGCCAAACAGCCUGCUGGAAAAUGAGUUGCAGGAAUGAAACUGGGUGUGAUAUUAGGUACCUAGAUUGUGAUAUGGCACCAAAUCAGAAAUGGGCUAGUACGACUGAUAUCUUCCAUAGCUGCAAUGCUAGUGAUACCAGCAUCACAUUCGACUAUGGCAUGUUCCUGCCUGCACUGUCAAAUCUAGUGCCUGCUCAGGGUUUCUUGAUAAAGCUCUUCUAUUCCCUUUGGUGGGGUUUACAGAAUCUAAGUUGCUAUGGCCAGACUAUUUCUGUUAGCACCUACAUUGGUGAGACACUGUUCGGUAUAUUCUUGGCAGUAUUCAGUCUUGCCUUGGAAUCAUCCGGCCUGGUCUUGUGUGUGUAUUUGAUUGGAAAUGUGCAGACCUCCCUCCAAUCUAUCACUGUGAGGGAGGAUGAGUGGAGAUUAAAGCAAAGAGAUACGGAGGAGUGGAUGACAUACCGUCAACUUCCUGGUGAACUGCGGGAAAGAGUUAGAAAAUUUAUUCAGUACAAGUGGCUUUUAACUCGAGGUGUGGAUGAAGAGUAUAUAUUUCAGGUUCUACCAGAGUAUCUGCGACGUGAAAUAAGACGCCACCUUUGCUUGGAUCUUGUUCGCCGGGUUCCGUUUUUCUGCCAGAUGGAUGACCAACUUCUAGAUGCCAUCUUUGCGCGUCUUGUAUCAUCACCGUGCACAAAGAGCACAUACAUUAUCCGUGAGGGUGAUCCGGUGACUGAGAUGCUCUUCAUCAUCCGUGGGAAACUGGAAAGGGCCUCAACAGAUGGUGGCCGCACAGGCUUCUUCAAUUCAGUUCUCCUGAAAUCUGGUGAUUGCUGCGGCGAGGAACUUCUUGGAUGGACUUUUAUCCCGGAACCUACCAGUUUGCCAACAGCCACCUGCACAGUGAAGGCGCUCACAGACGUGGAGGCCUUUUCACUUCAGGCUGAGGAUCUCAGGUUCGUGGCCAGCCAAUUCGGGCGGUGGCAUAGCAAGAAGCUGCAGCACACUUUCCGCUACUACUCACCCCAUUGGAGAACAUGGAGUGCGUGCUUCAUCCAAGCUGCUUUGCGGCGGUACAUGAGGAGAAAGAUGGAGAAGGGCCUGAGAUCAGAAGACUCGAAUGGUGAAGAAGGGCCUCCACGGAAGAAUAAUCUCUAA